GAGUAGGGGGCUGGCAAAACACAGCCAUAAUAGACACACAUACGCAUACCCCAAAAGUGCACUCAACUCCUCCUCGUCAGUUACUUACAUUUGGCUGCGACUACAGGAGGGACACAUCGCUUGCGAAUAACAACAGCUCCUUUUCAGAGAAUAUGUGGCUAUAAACAAGCACUUGGCAUUAAAGUAGCCAUCGUUAAAGGCGUCGAUAUGUUAGUGUUUAUCAUUCACUGGAGCCUUCUGUCGUGCUGAAGUUGGACAUCUUUUGAAAUGACAAAGCGCCGCAGAGGAAGCGAAAACACGACGAAGAUGCAAACACUAGUAAAAGUCGAAAGGUUGAAAUUGUAGUCGAAAUUUCCACACUAUUCAGGAUUAAUUUUUAUUCGGCGAUGAGAAAAAAAUGGAUUUUCGGUGAAGUACGCCUGCAACCUCCUCCAUCCUAAGAACCGAAAAGAAAAACCGUCUUGUUCAGUUUAACAGUGUGAUGACACACGUCUGUCCAACUGAAAAUUGCCCACGAAACACUUCAGACGAGCAUUACAAAAGUGGCCUCCGUUGUGGUACGUGCUCAAAGCUCCGGAAUGCACCGACAUCCGAGUGUGUGCGUUCUGUGUGCCGUUGAUGUGUGUGUCUAGGUCCAUUUACCUACACUGGAUAAAAGGCAGUAACGGUAAAAGAACAGCAAAGUAUUAGCUUCUGAUUAGGAGUCCUAUAACGGCGCGUUCAUGAACGAAGUCAUAUGAACCGCAAAGGGCCAGGUCUGUAUCUUACUGAAGCAAACACGUGCUUUUCGCUCCCGUCCGCGAUGCUUUUCCACGGCCUGCCCGGAGGCGACAUUCACGGCGUGAUGGAAGAAAUUGAGCGCAGAGGCAAGAGCGACUCGGCUGCUAUCAGCUCGGCAAUAGAUAUGGGCGAAAGAGAAACGAGCAUGCCGUCGAUGAGCGGUGAGCGUGUGGCUCUGUGUGCUGGCUGCGGGGGGAAAAUAUCCGACCGCUAUUACUUGCUUGCCGUAGACAAGCAGUGGCACAUGCGCUGUCUGAAGUGCUGCGAGUGCAAACUCAACCUGGAGUCCGAGCUCACCUGCUUCAGUAAGGAUGGAAGCAUCUACUGCAAGGAAGACUAUUACAGAAGGUUUUCGGUGCAGAGGUGCGCGCGCUGCCAUCUCGGGAUUUCAGCCUCGGAAAUGGUAAUGCGAGCUCGGGACUUGGUUUACCACUUAAACUGUUUCACGUGCACGACGUGCAACAAAAUGCUGACCACUGGCGACCAUUUCGGCAUGAAGGACAGUCUCGUGUACUGCCGUUUACACUUCGAGACGCUCGUGCAGGGGGAGUACGGACACUUCAAUCACACAGACGUGGCUCCAAGUAAAGCGCUGGGUACAGCGGGGGCGCUCGCGCUCUCCUACUACAAUGGAGUUGGCAGCGUACAGAAAGGACGCCCGAGGAAAAGGAAAAGCCCCGGGCCCGGAGCAGAUUUGGCCGCUUAUAACGCAGCACUAAGCUGCAAUGAAAAUGAUGGGGAUCCCAUGGACAGAGAAUCUCAGUACAGUUCUGGUCAGAAGACCAAGAGAAUGCGAACUUCCUUCAAGCACCAUCAGCUGAGAACCAUGAAGUCCUACUUUGCCAUCAACCACAAUCCUGAUGCCAAGGAUUUGAAACAGCUGGCACAGAAAACAGGUCUUACAAAGCGUGUACUUCAGGUCUGGUUCCAGAAUGCCAGGGCCAAAUUCCGACGAAAUCUUCUGCGUCAGGAGAACAGUGGAGUGGACAAGGCUUCAGAUGGGUCAACUCUAGCUGGUGGAACCCCAUCUGGUCCUGCAUCAGAAAUUUCGAAUGCCUCUAUGAGCCCGUCUAGCACUCCAACCACACUCACAGACCUCACUAACCCUACCAUGCCCACCGUCACCUCUGUACUGACCUCUGUGCCAGGCACCUUGGAUGUGCGUGAAUGCCGGAGUCCUUCUCAGACCACACUUACCAGUCUCUUCUGAUGCCUGCCACUCAGCGAUAAUCACCACUGACUCUUAUAGCUGUGUAAUUACAGAGCACAUCCUGUUUUCUGAUCUAAGUUGUGAAGGAAUCCGUUACUGGUUCACUUUACUUGGACACCACAUAACGUCAUAACACCAUUCCUAGCCCCGAUGCUUACAGGUGCUGUUUGUAAAAUGGUGUGAUAAUGCAGCUGUGAUUAGUGGCACAAAACUUUGUAACUGUACAAGUCACAGAUGUUCCAGCCUGGGCAUUGUUUUCAAUAGACCCAACAAAAUGCAAACUUAUGGUCAUGCCAGCUAGAACCAGAGACAAUUAAAAGACUGUUAAAUUACACAAAGUAGGGGGAAAGACAAAAACAAACUUGAAAUUGGUUAAAAAGUAAAAAGCUUUUGUUUGAUCUUGAGCCUCUUUCAGAGUAUUGCAUAGAGGCAAGCAUGCCUCAGUGAAAGGAUAUUGACGUUUUUGUUGUUGUUUUUGGUCUUUGAUGGAAUUGAAGAGAAAUUAUUUGAAUUUUUAUUUCCUUCUUAUAUAACUAUGUUUACAGCACAAGACUGAGGAUAAAAGUGCUCACAUCAUAUGGGAAUUGACUUCUUUCUUCAGCCUUUUAUUUAUGUAACUGCACACAGGGGUCAAUGUGAGGAAAAUGGAUUAUAAUAUGAAUAAUUUUGAGAUGAAAUUCAUAAACAGUAAAAUCCUGACUGUCACGUGCCUUAUGCUGCAUUUUAGUAACCCUAUACAAAGUCCAUUUCUCACUGCUAAAAAUGAAUUGAAUUUGAAUAUGUGUAUUUUAUCCAUUGAGAGGACAAGGGUUGGUAGCUCUGCAUAAACAUGAGCAUUAAAUGCAGGUACAUACCCUCUCUUUCCUUCUCUCCCUCUCUCCCUCCCUUUUGCUCUCUCUCUUGCCUUUUAUCUCUUUCUCUUCUAAGAGAAACUUAAAAAAAAUGAAAUAUCAUGUAAAUGAUCUUAACUCAACAUCUUACCUCACUAAGAAUCCACUGGAAAUAAUAGAACAGCAGCUAAAACCUUAAUACACACUUCAUCUUAGCAAAAAAAAAAAAAAGAAAGAAAGAAAUAAAUAAAUAAGUAAAAUAAGUGCACUGAAAAAAUACUACAGCUGGUUGACUAUAUGUACUAGUUUUGAGGGACGUUGCUCAGAACAGGGUAAUGUAAAUCAGUAAAUAUGAAAUUGUUUCAUAAACUCAAAUGAAAGAAACACUACAUAUUUUGUUGUAGAUGGAUGAUUUCUUUUUCAAUUAUUGAGACGUGACAGUGUUGGAAACGGGGUGAAUGUUUCCAUGGUGACCACGGGCGUCUUGUUGAAGAUGCUGUAUGGGUUGGACUGACUCCUGAGGUGUUUCUUUGAGCAUUCCUCACAAUAUCGCAUUUGAUGUAAAUCUUCAGUUCUGUGCAAAAUAUAUAAAUGAAUUGUAUCUGGUCAUCCUUGUUAUUGCCAUAAACUGAGAAAGAAGAGGUUUUUGUAGUGAAAAUAUGUGAGAUCUCAUCUCUCAUUACUAUUACUGUAGUUAUGAUGCCAUUAUUUAUUCCAUUGUGAUCAGUGUUUUCAGAUUAACAGGGAAUGUGUUUAUUGAAAGAUUUAUUUAUACACUAUAUGAUCAAAAGUUUGUGGACACAUGACCAUCACACCCAUAUGUCGGCCUUCCCCAAACUGUUGUCACAAAGUUGGAAGCACAUAAUUGAAUAGGAUAUCAUUGUAAGAUGUAGCAUUUCUACAGCUUGACUAUAUCUGGAAUGGGAUGCUCAAAAAGCACAUAUGGGUGUGAUGAUCAGGUGUCCACAAACUUUUGGCCAUAUAAUGUAUGCAGAGCAAAACCAUAAGGUGGGCAUGGUUACGAGAUUUACAUAAUAUUUUAUCAUAACCUUAUUUAACUCAGAUGACUGACAUUUUAACUUUUAUGUUACUAUUUCUAUUUGAUAGAAGACAUUGCCAUGGAUUUUCUCUAUAAUUCGGUUUUAAAUAUUAUGUGGUUAUUUGUUUCAUGACCUGAAAUUACAACAGUAACAGCAGUCUUAAAAGAAAUGCUAUAGAAUCAUACAGUAAUGAUGGAUACCAAUUUUCCAUAGUUUAUGUAGUUUUAUAAUUGAACUUUUAUUGCUGCAAUGUACUGUGUAUGGAAACAUAGAAAAUUCGAGAAUUCAAUUUAUUGCUUCUUAUACAAAUGAACUGACACACUGGGAUACUCUACAUGACUAUAUUUAUUGCUGUUCUUUCGGCAGCUCCUGUUAGGGGUCGCCACAGUGGCUCACCUCCCAUUGUCUGCAUAUUGAUUUGGCACAGGUUUUAGACCGGAUAUCCUUCCUGACGCAACCCUCCUCUUUUAUCUGGGCUUGGGAGUGGCACUGAGAGUGCACUAGCCUGUGCACCCCAGUGACUGGGGUUGGCACUCAAUGUGGGCCUCAAAUCCAUGAUCCUGAGAUCAAGAGUCCCAUGCUCUACCAACUGAGCUAGCCAGGCACCACGAUAUUCAUUAUUGUAUGUUCCUAAUUAAGAUCAUAAAACACAACUUAACAAAAUAAGUCAAGGCACAAAUUUGAGUGAAUUUUAGGGUUCGCAGUGAGCAUACAAUAAAGAGCACAUCAUGGAUAUGGCAACAAGGUUAUAUACCUGAUCAAAUGAAUAAUAACACCAAUAACCACCAAUGCUUACCACUUCAUUUGCCCAACAUGCCCACAGGGAAUGACAGUGAUGAACCUGUCUGAAGCUGACUGGUAGAACACAGUCACACCCCGAAAUCAAAUGCUUACAACUUUUAAACAAAUUUUAAAUAUGGCUGUUUACAAUAGGGCCACUUCUGGCUCACAAUAUUUUUCCAUUGCUAAAUCUGGUACUUAGGUGCCGAAACUGAAUUUGGCUCAGAAUAGCCAGGUAAAACAUUUUAUGGCUGCUGAGUAAACUAAGUAAAAUGUUAUUGCUGAUCUGUUUAAAUCUAGAGAUUUACUUCUACUAGUUAAUGCCUUACAAUAUGCAAGGCAGUGUGCUGGUCCCUGAACAUUACCAGGUCCUGAAAUGAGCAAUAAAUUCACAUAAGGGCAGAUUGGUUUAUCUGUCUGCUUUCUCACCACAGAGUAAUUAAAGUGAGAAAUUCUAGCUGUUUGCCCAGCCAGGGUGUGAUGGUCAUGUGUCCACAAACAAUGGGAAGCAUUUAUCUGAUCUUGUCCUUUGCAAAAUACAUUACUGUCAAUACAGUGCUUCCCAAAAAAUACAAUGUGUAAAAUUAGUUGUGACACAAAUAUUCAGCCAAUGAAAGGCAAUCAGGGCAGUUCACUCUGCAUGCUGGCAUGAAGGCGGACAGACACAUUUGCAGAUGUAUGGUUUUAUUUAAAACCAAUCAGGAAGUGCUAGACAAUACUCAAAGCGAAGACAGGCUCAUGGUCAGAAGACUGGCAUGUAGGCAUAAAUUAGAAAAGACAAAACAAUAGAACAAUUAGAUAAAAUGAUUAGAAAGACAAAUAUGACUGGCUGUGGUCAAAACAACAAGGUAGAGAACAAAGGCUUGAACUUAUAACAAUGCUGGAGCAAGACAAAGUGAGAGUCUGGAUUUUUUAUGAGAGUGAAGAGGAAUGCAAACAGGUGAGUAACCAGUAACUGUGAACAGGAACAGGUGCUUGUUACAAUGUCAAGGGUUGGGGAUUAUAGGAAUUGUAGUCUGCACCUUCAGGGGUUGCUGAUAUGGGUGUGACACGUGCAGCUUCACAACAGUACUGACACCAUAAUUAACUGACUAAGAAGACUGAGCUAUGCCAUCAGUCUAUCUGGAUCAUGUCUCUUUGUGCCACAUUUAUCUAGCAAAGCAAACACUUCAUUCAAAACAAUUUUAACUCUUCUCAACAUAGUAUUUUUGCAUCAUAACUUUACACACAAACCAUCAAAUGAUUAGCCAUAUGCACACCAAAUACACACGGAUGUAACAAAUAUAAAACACUACUAUAUUGUGUCUUUUGCAUAUUCAGUGUGCAGUGGAGUGCAGAGCAGUUUUCAUAGCACUCACACACACAUGUACAUACACAAAUACUGUAUAAAGAGUAUGUAUGCAUAUUCAGUAUAUAUUUACAUUAUAAACAGAAAUGUAAGGCGGGGAAAUUUAUUUAUUUUUUUAAAACAUUGUAUUUUCAUUGUA